AGACCCAAACAGUGAAACAGGACUCCGCCAGGAAUGCAUCAGCAAAAUGUGGAGUCUAGCAGUCAACACGUCUCAUACACUCUCUACUUUCUGUAUUUCUGAGUUUUACAAAAGAAGCUCGUGGUGAAGGGGUAGAGGUUAAGUUAAGUGUACUUUUGAAUCACUAUCUAACCCUUUAGCAUCAGUACAUUUGCACUGUGCCAGCCUGUUAGGUGUCACGUACUGGGCACUCGUGUGUCUACAGGCAGACAGUAUGGCAGAUAUCGAGUCCUCUUUUGAAUUCAGCUCAUCUUUUACUAGUUCCUCGCUGCCUCCCCCAAGGACGCGAAUCUUUAAGAUCAUCGUCAUCGGAGACUCCGGAGUCGGCAAGACGUGCCUCACCUACAGAUUCUGUGCGGGCAAGUUUCCAGACAAGACUGAGGCUACUAUCGGGGUGGAUUUUAGGGAGAAGAUCGUCGAAAUAGACGGCGAGAAAAUCAAGGUCCAGUUGUGGGACACUGCAGGCCAGGAGCGCUUCCGUAAGAGCAUGGUGCAGCAUUACUACCGUAAUGUCCAUGCUGUGGUGUUCGUUUAUGAUGUCACAAAUGCUGCUAGUUUCCGGAAUCUUCCGGCGUGGAUCGAGGAGUGCCGUCAUCAUGCUCUGGGUCAGGAGGUGCCCAGAAUCCUGGUCGGCAACAAAUGUGACCUGCGCCACGCCGCUCAAGUAAGCACUGAUGUAGCACAGCAGUUUGCUGAUGCCCACUCAAUGCCUCUGUUCGAGACCUCAGCCAAGAACCCCUUUGGAAACGAUGAUGGCAGUCGGAACAAUAGCGACCAUGUCGAGGCCAUUUUUAUGACUGUGGCGCACAAGCUGAAAUCUCAGAAACCACUGAUGUUAAGCCAGCCACCUAGCCGAGCGGGAGAUACGGUCACUCUUAGGAGGCGGGAGGAGGAGGACAGGGGAGCCUGGGGUUGUAGCUGCUAAUGAAGCAGAGUCUGUGCAAGCCUGGAAGUGCAGAAAGGGGAGGAGCCACACUUUACUGGGCGGGGCCAACAUCAGUGAAGCUGCACAGAGGCAGAUUUAAUGCUUACGUUAUCUGUGAAAAGGAGGUCUGGGAUUGUUAAAAUAAGGACAGAGGAGUAUUAUAUUGAGGGAGAUGUAAACCAUUGUCUAGAUUUUUGUAUCUGAUGUGCAGAAUCGGGCCAUUAUUCAAAAAGGAAAUGGCACCAGAAAAUGGUCUCUCUAUGGCUGUCCAGAUGCUUUUACGUGCAUUUAUGCCCACCUUACAUAUCCCAGCUUCAAACUAUCGUACAGUAGCCUCUAUCUAGCUCUUGUACCUCCCCACUAUCACUGCCACACACUCGCCACAGAUGAAAAAAUUCACCUACUAGAUUUUGCUUUUAGUUUUAGUGCAAUAGUGCACAGGGGAAUUGAAAGGUGAAAUCAUCAUGUACAAGAUGAUGUCUUUUUCAUUACAUCUAUGAAACAAUUUUCAUGCCAAAAUUAGAUAAAUUGUUUAGUAAAAUCACUUGCCUCCUAGUUGAAAUGCCAAAUCUGGUUUAGUCUGUUUAUUUCUGGUUCGUUCUCUCCCUUUCUCUUACCACCACACAUGCAGGCACUUCCUGUGAAAGUUGUAAGUUCUCUCAAGGGAAAAGUCUAACCAUCAAACACACUCUGAAAAAUGCAGAUUAUUUGUUAUAAGUGCUGCUAAUAGAGAGAAACAAGGGAUGAAUGUAGAGGAAUAUUCUGGGUUCAAUACAAGUUUAGCUCAAUCAACAGCAUUUGUGGCAUAAUGUUUAUUUCCACAAAAAUAAUUAUGAAUAAUCUCUCAUUUGUAAUCCUUACAGUGAAUCAGUUCAAAAUUGUGGAUGUGUGAAAGGCAGCUGUUAAAAUGACUGCUGGUAAAAAGGGACAGUAAUUCACUGUGAUAUUUACUUAAGUAUCCAUAAUCAGGUGUAGGAUGUAUUACUCUAGACAUAUUACAUUAUAUCUCGCAGCUUUACUAGGCAAAAUGAAACACAUCUGUCAAGUAUUUAAUAGAUUAGUUGUCAAAUACACACCUUGUGUUACACAUGGCAUCUGCGCUGUGCAUGGCAUUGCUCUGACAGUUCCACGGUCAGUCUCUCAUUCACUGUAAUCGGCUGUAAUUUACAAUACUUCACAGUUGCUAAUGGAGAAAUUUAUUCCCCCUGUGGCCAUUUUAGUCACUCUACACAGGCAUGUUGCACACCGUAUUCAGUACAAUAAAGGAAUAUUCAUUGUCUUUAAUGUAUUUAAUGUCACCACAGCAGGUACUGUGGAUUGCGUCAAAGAAGCCUCAGGCACCACCUGUUUUAUUUGUUUGGGGAAUUGUCAAAAAAGUUGAAGAGGUUUGCAUAUGAAUUCCAAUUAAAGUGAAAUGAAUUAAAAGGAGCAUGUGAUUGUUGUGGAAUUUUGCAUGGUUAAUGAUGGCUCUGAAAUAUGUUAGUGCAAAGUAUUCAAUACUUACUAAAGAAAUAACUGUUUGUGCUAAAUGUGUUGAUCCUGGGUGCUUUCUUGUAUACUUGACAGAAGAAUUAUUGUAUUGUUUUAACUGCCGGAAGCACCAUGAAGUGGAUCAUUUUUGGUAUAUCAACAGGCUUCUGUGGUAAUGAUCUUAUGAAGUUUAUGAUGCUGGAGUGGUCUUGAUAAACCUUUUAUGGCUCUGGGUUCACUUGUUUGUCAAUAUUGAGUUUUCUCUUCACCAAAAGUACAAUUUCAAGCAUUCUUAUUUUCUCUGUUUCACAAUAACAUAGUUUAUAAUAUUAAGAAUGUGCAAAUCUCAAAAAGCUAUGUGAAAUGAAACUUCCAAGUUAUGCAUACAAUAUGUGGCAUGUAAUUGAGUGCUCAAUAUUACUAAUUAUUAUUCUCAGUUAAAGUUUGUUAUACAUCUUUUCAACCAAAGUUUGUGAGCAAUUCAUGCUACCAGGGGUCAACAGCUGAUAAAAUAGCACCUUGCAAUGCCAAAACACAAGCAUGCAAAUCAUAUAUAUCUUUACUAAUCAUUUUGCUGAUAAAACCUGUCUUUAGUGUUGGUGAGGUAGAGUGAUAAUUUUGAGGAACAAUAUUAUUUCAAUCGGUAUCCACUGUAAUCAAAUGGGUACAUAAGAAAUCAUCCUUGUUUCCGUUUUGGUUUAAACAGUUAUGUUAAAAGAAUAAAGCAUCACCUCUUUGAAUUCCACCAGAAUGGUGUUGCGUCUUUUUUUGUUUAGCACGAUCAAAAAUCUCUGGACUCGAAUUGUGUGAUAUUAAGUUCUGGCUUACAUAGCGAAAACAUUCACUUUACUUAUUUAUUUUUUGCCUUAAUGAAUAAACCUCUUAUUUUGAAUAUGAGAGGAGCACCAACAUUGAAAUGCAUAAUAAAAACUGAAAUUGCUGGGUUUGAUCAGUCUGAUCUCAGUCAUUCAGAAGGAGCCAUUUGUAGGUUUAUAACCACAAAGAGGCAAUUCUUACCAUUUUUAAAGCUGAUGUGAAAAGAAAUAUUUCUUGUAUCCCAGCUUAAUAAGCAACUAUAAGUAAGCCAUUUGUAUGUUGAUUUCACCUAAAAGUGUUACUCUGUGGCGCUAUUAUAACAAUCCUGUUUGAGUGAUCCAUCCAACCCAACAGCAAUAUU